GUCGGCUUCAAACUCUGUCUCAGGUUGUCAUCAAAGGCGGAGUUUUCGAAGGAUUGCUCGAGAGCGGAGCGAUCCAGCAGCAGGGCUGUGCAGUGAAUUCCAACGAGGAGGAUCAGAGCACAGGUCAAGGGCGAGCACCAUGAUUCUCGCGGCUUUGAUCAUGAACACACAAGGGAAGCCCAGGAUCACCAAAUUCUACGACCAUGUGAGUGUGGAGCGGCAGCAAGAAAUUCUGCGUGUGGUCUAUUCAGUCUUAUCCAGCAGAUCGGGCAACCUGUGCAGCUUUGUAGAAGCUGAUGACAUCUUUGGACCUGAUACGAAGUUAGUCUACAAGCAUUUUGCCACCCUCUACUUUGUGUUUGUCAUAGACAGUGCCGAAAGCGAGCUGGGAAUCCUCGACCUAAUUCAAGUGUUUGUAGAGACAUUGGACCGAUGUUUCAAGAAUGUCUGUGAGCUUGAUAUAGUUUACAACUUCGGCAAGGUGCACACAAUCCUGGAUGAGAUUGUUAUGGGUGGUCAGGUUGUGGAGACUAGCUCUGCAGAAGUCAUGAAGGCCGUCCAGGAUAUAUGGAAGUUGGAGCGUGUAGGAGAAUUGAACCCUGCCAACAUUAGAGGAAUCGGUCACUACAAAAACAGUCGGUCAUGAUACUGGAGGUACUGCAUCGGAAGUGGACUUACUAUGUACAAUGCUGCUAGAAUACGUCUCAUUCUUACAAGUGUAUAUGGAGUCUGGUAAACCUGGUAAUUGAUGACACCGGCGAAGUUAAUGAAAAUGUAGCAUAUGUGCAUUGCUGUCACUAGAGUUGGCUGUAAUUACUCGAUUUCAAGUUGAGAAAAUUUUGAUGUUGCUUAGUUUUGCAUCCUCCAUGCAGUACAUUAUUUUCGUAUUUAUUGGUUCCGUUACUCUGCUCAUAA